GCCCACGUAUCAGAUAUUAAACUGAUAAGAACAGAUACUACACUUGAUCUUAGCCAAAAGGCCGAGAAAGGUAUGAAUUGGAUUUCAAACAGAGGUUCCUUCUUAUUCCAAGCCUGCUGCUGCUUUCACUUUGGUUUAAACGAUGUGGUAGAGAAGUGCAAUGGAUGUUCUCAGAAAAGCUCAAACACGGGACUUGGAAAAUCUUGUUCACGACUGAAACUCUUGGGAUUGAGCCAUGAAGGGAGUACUUAUUCUAAGGAAUAAACAACUAACAGCUUUCGGAAGCGAAUUAACCCGUGUUAAUGGUGCUGUUAGCAGAAGAAAAUCCCUCAUGUUUUCAUUGUUUUGCAGGCUUCCAUGUGAAGGCCCUUCUAUGUUCAUAAACCGGAAUUGCAGUAAUAUCCAACAUCAUAUUAUUUUCUGAAGUAUCUUUAAUCUGAACAUGAUGUAGAAAGGGAGAUGAAAAGAGUUAUGCUUCUGUUGUGUUGGUAAAAACCAGAACUUUAUUAGAGUCGUUACACCUUCCUCGUUAUCAUAUAUGGCACAAUGAUGGGUAGCUUGGGGGCAUUGCUGUUGUUCAAUUCUACGGAUGAUGUCGACUUCUUUUCACACCUGGAAAUGCACUUGAGACAGGACCAUCCACCAUUGUGUGGAAGGAACCAUAUGGCCUACAGAUCUUCCUAUUUCCCUGUUAAGGAUGUGAUUGAUGGAGAUAUGUGUGAACAAUUCCCCACCUUGCCCAUUGAUGUACAAAAGAAAAUUGCUGAUGAGUUGGACAGAACUCCAGGAGAGAUACUGAAGAAACUCGAGGAAGUCCGAAACAAAAGCGUUUGAGGCAUGUUUGUGUUUUUGUAUGAAUAUGUACAAGUUAGUUAUCGCGAACAUGGAUGUCCUAUCUGAUGCAUUCUCAUUUCAACGAGCUGCUGCACCACAAUCGUAGUGCUUCGGAAUCACUUCCCAGAAUGGCUCGAGGAUCAUGUAGUUGAGCUAAUGAGAACCCUAGUCUAGUACAAACUUGUAACUCGGGAAUUGGGCUGAUGCAGAAAGUAAGGAUUGGAAUCAAUAUCGCCGGGCCUCAGUUGAGAUGCCACUAUUAUUGUUGUUAGAAUUGCCAAAUUUUGCUUUUAAUCUCUUAUGGUCACAAAAUCUCAGGACUUGUUACUGAAUAGUUCCUUAGAUGAUGGUUCUGUCGUGAUUGCAUCAUGUAAAGUGCUUCUUCUUAAGGAAACAAACACUGCCAGGUGGUUUCAGACUUUCAGUGCCCUUCCUGCCUGUUGUUCUUGGGCUUCAUUAUUUUUUCCCAUAGAUUUUUCCAUGGAUGUUAAAACUGGAUAAUCUCUACAGCUGAUGAAGUACAACUUGAUUACUCAUUAACUAGGAAUGGUUUCGGAAUAACAGCUAUCGAUACCAUACACAUCCCGCCCUCUUCAAUAUGUUUGAGAAUCAAAACCACUAAUCAGAAAUCAGAAUUAACCUGUAAAAAAAAUUAUUUCUUUUCUGGCUAUCAGCAAAAGCUUUGCUACCCUGCAUUCAUAGCAUAUCUUUGAACAUCUUUCCUGUUCAAGUACCUGUUAGUUUCGUCUUGUACGCAAAGAUCCAUCAGACUCUUUAGCUUUCAACAUAGCCAAUCAAAGCUGUUCGAGCAUAUGGAGCUGUAGAAAGAUGCAUUUCCCGAGUUUGAGAAACCAACUCCGGCAUGUGUUUCAUGUAUAUAUCAUGGUUUGCUUUUGUAUGUUGCAAACAUACCACACAGUGAUCAACUCUAGGGAAUAAACCAACUGCGAAGGACGUCAAAAUUUAAAGCAUUGGCGGCUCGAAUGGGCCGUGCUCUGUGAAAAAACUCGCUAAGUACCCAUUGCCUCUUGUAUUUAUGAAUUUACUUGGGCCACAAAUGGCCGACCAGAAACUAAAACCAAAGAAUAGAGAAUUGGGCUUUUGUAAAAGUUCGCCUAAGAAUUGGGUAGGGGCCGCGCGAACGCAGGCCCCCGCUGCCACAAAUUAUGACGUAGGCUCUCCCACUAUGGGGAGACCUUAGCCCAACACCCCUCCGUAAAGUGCAAUGAAGGUCACUGGCCUAGACCAUAGGCCUUAUUGAUCACCUGUAGAUCCCGUCCAGGUAAGUAUGGUGUGAAGUAGCACCCAACUCUUAUUUUAUACUCCUUUUCUCCUCCUAAAUUUCCUAUGUUCUUCGAUGUGGUAUUUUCCCUCCCACUUCCAAACCGUCACUAUUGACACCAUCCGAUGAAGAGUUUGGCUGCAUGUUCUUCAGGUUUUUACGAGGACCGAUAUGAGUUGUGAUAAUUAGGGUAACAGCGAUUAGAAAUGCUAAGAAUGUGAAGAGGAGUUGGCUGCUUGUAGAAAAAAUCACAGAGUGCAUAUUUUUUCGAUAGUCCUUGAUCCAUGGUGAGGGAUGAUCAUCAAGUUGCCAAUGGCUUCAUAGCAAGAAAUGCAACAAAUAAAGUGAGUGAUCUACUGGGGGAGGAGAAUGGUGUCGUGUGGGAAGCUGCUCUAAUGGUUGCAUAUGCAGAUUUGUUAUUCUCUCCAUAGUCGUGUGUCUCUCAAUCGAUCUGUAAACAUCCAGAGGAGAGUGAUUUCAUAAACAGGUACUGGAUUUAGAAAAAGAAGAAGGGAAUUAGAUCAAUCUCUUAAACAUAUAGAAGAGGGUGAUUUCAUGAACAUGUGCUGGAUUUGUAAAAGAAGAAGAAACUUAGAUCAAUCUUUUACUUAGUUGGACGCGCCAAGAGUCAUAUAUUACCUGCUUGUCAUCAUCAAACCAGGGCUUGUAAGCCACACUAGUGUUUAAACCAAACUGUUCAGAGAGACGAUUCACCAGGUUGCUCUCAUCGUACUUUAUACCGCUGCAGUAUCACAAAUUUAUCAUUAGAUAGCAAGCUGAGUGCGACAAUUGCUAUAGCACUCCACUUGAUCAGGUAGCAAUCUUGUUCUUGCUGGGUAAGGGCACUCCACAUACUUGUAUAGCCUACAAAUUGGGCAUGCAUAGCUUGUUGAAAAGCUUUCUUGUUCUGGUACUGAUUCAUCUCAUUUUGUAUGCAAUGGUCUAAUGACUCUUAAACCAUAUCAACCAUAUCAACUUGCAGAUUGUUAGGAACAUUUGCAGCUCUCAAAUCUCAAAAGUUCAUUUAAGAACGAGGGGCCUGGAAGUGGGGUUUGUCAGUAGCAGAAGAGUUUCCUCUGUUGGGUUUCAUCAACAAUAACAUAACCCGAAUACUACUGGGAACUGAUGGUACUAUUUACUUAGGGGUCGUUUGGAAGUUGGGAUUUCAUAUGGUGUAUUUAAGCAAUACAUGUAAUCAGAAGAAUUUGUCAUUUUCUUGUCUUAAACUGAAACAUAAUACUUGUAUUUGAACGGGAGAUGGGACCACCAGAAUCAUUCAUUAUGAAUGAUUGUCAAUCUCAGUUUUUAACAGAGAUUGUGUUGAUGUAUUGUUAACUUACCUUUUCUUCCUUAUUUCCAUUAAAAUCAUUUAGUCUCCAAACAAUGUAUUUUUCAAAUUCAUACAUUGAAACAAUACAUCUAAUUAUAAUACAUACAUUGAUUAAAUACAUCAAUUUAAAGAAUCCCAACUUCCAAACAUGCCCUUAAACCCACGAAACCCAACCGAGUGACUAUUCCUUUUUUAAAAUGUGAGGAACAUGAUUUUAGUUAUAGUUAACUUAUGACAGGGGCGGACCCAAGGGUAUUUAGGGGUGUCUCGGGAGACCCCUAAAUUUUGGAAGAUCGAUUAUCCAAUCUUCGGUGGUAAUUUACGUAUAGACAAAAAAAUUAUAACUAAUAGUCGGGACACCCUAAAAUUUGAAAGAACGAUUAUACUAUUCUCGUUUGUAGUUUCCGUAUGAGAAUAUAAGUGGUAGUUUGGGUAAUUCAAACCCGGGACACUACUAUUACUAAUAAAUAUAAUUGUCAUCAGGCUACAACUUUUUUGUUAUUAUAUUCCAAACACUGUGUAAUAGCAAAAUCAUACUCUCUAUCUUUAAUUAUUUUCAAAACCUAAAAAUUAAUUUAAUUAUAAGCUACCCUUAACUUGUAUUAAUUUUAUGGUUGUACGACAAGUGUUGAAAGUGUUUUUCAGCUUUGAGUUACAUCAUGAACAAAUUUAGAAAUCAAAUAUGCGUGAGUUCGUGAAUGUUUGUCUAGUAGGAUAUACUGAGACAAAUUUGUUGAGCAGUGUAGACAAGUGUAUUUUAUAAUUUUUGUAGAAUAUAAAAAUACAUCAUUGGC